GGCCACCGUACAGGGGGCUGAUAGAGGAUGAGCGUGUCUACCUCGUUUCAAGCCCGCGAAGAAGAAGUCGCCCUGCGCUCUCAUCAGUGAGCGACAAAAAAUGGCUGCCUGUGGGCUCCUCCGCUCCCUGUCUUCUAACUUUGUUACGACUCUGCCUUUACUCGCUCGCUCGGCACCACUUUGCCCGUUGCAGUAUGUCUCUAGAGCUUGUUUUAGAAGAACUCUGGCGUCUUCUAGCCGGUUAUUAGCAGGUACUCCGCUGUCUUUGGUUGUGUUUUAGCAUGUUUGCUAAGUGUUUUGGGGUUGGAGGACUCUGGAGAUCACGGCGCUGCUGUGGGUCUGAUUGUGUUUCUUAUGGUCCACAGACGCUCCUGAGGUCACCGCAUAUAUAAAAGUCUUAUCAAGGAGCUCUUUGUGUUCUGAGUUGUUUGUGUUUUUGCAGCUCUAAAGUUUACAGACAAGCACGAAUGGAUCCGAGUGGAGGACGAUGGCAUUGGGACUGUCGGUAUAAGCAACUUUGCUCAGGUCGGUAACGCAGCUCUCUCUCUCUCUCUCUUUCUCUCUCUCUCUCUCUCUCACACACACACACACACACACACACACACACACACACACACACACACACACACAUAUCUCUUACUUUUAUGAAAAGUGACUUGUCAGCAUAAUGUAUUACUUUUGCCACUUCCUUUGACCUUGUGUUUCUAAACUUUCAGGAGGCUCUUGGAGAUGUAGUUUACUGUGGACUUCCAGAGGUGGGGACACAGCUGGCUCAACAAGGUAUAAAGUUCAGGGGUAUUAUUCAUGCUUUAAGGGCACCACACCGCAGGAUUUGUAGAUUUGAAGGUUAUUUCACAAUUGUCUCCAGGUUUCCAGUAACCUCUUUCCAGGGUAUAUCCCCACUUGAGUUUCCCUUUGGGGAUCAAUAAAGAUCUUUUUUUUCUUCGUACCUUGGGCUGAAUCAAAUCAAAUUUUAUUUAUAUAGCACUUUUAAUGCAAAAACAAGUUUAUAUGUUAAAAAACAGUUUCCCUCCCCUCACAUCCAUCCUCCUGAGACCCCACCCUAGCACACACACAUAGAUAAUGCAAUCUUAAAAGCAGGUGGCUGAGUACAGAGGAGCCAGGUCAGGAAACACCAGGAGGCUGACUGCCCCGGAGGCUGCUUUUGGCCCAGGGCUGGGACACCUCCACCCAGGCGCACACCCUGCUACAGGCCAGUAAGGGGCCCACAGCAGCAAGGACUGCUGUAGACCCCCACCUGGUUGAGCUGAGUGCACACCACGGGGCAGAGAAAUCCCAGACAGAGCCAGUCACAGCCUCCGGUGCAGGUGGCCUCCACUGAGGAAACACUGGAGAAACGGAAUAAAAACAUAAACUACAUUGGCUAAGAACAUCAAACUAAAUAAAAUUAUGAAAUACUCAUAAAUAGCUAAAAUAUCAUUUAAAAAUGAGUAAAUAAAUAGAAUAAACAUAACAUGUAAAUGAGGACUAAAAUGUGUAAAAAACAUAUACACCUAACCAACCACAGCAGGUUAUGUACAUGAGGUGCUUACAAACUGCCAUGUCAAAAUAUUAUAUUUACGUGAUAUGGUUGGACAGUCACUGCACUUAUUAUCCCCCCUAAGAGGGAGCAACAGAGAUCAGUUUGGAGAAAACUCCACCCAUGGAUCAGUAGAUGCAGUCAUUGAGGAGUCCUGAGGUGAUGCCUCAUCUUCCUGCAUAGUUUCACAAGUAAAAAUUUGAAUGAUUUACUGAUUGUGCUGUCAUCAUUCUUUAAUAGUCCUUUUUCCCCCACAUUAUUUUUGGAUUUUUUUCAACCUCUAUAUCUCUUGAAUUCCAUAGCACGGCCUGACUUUGUGAAACAUGACAUUAUGCUGAUAACAAACUUGUUCACGUCAGUCACUGGGCGUUAUAUACUGCCCGUUUAUGUGAAUGUGCUCAUGAUUACUCUGGCUUGGUUUAUCUGGUCGAUACCCAGCGUGUAUCUGGUGUUGUAGUAUAGGCAUUGGGUUUGUGUCCUUUGAUUAAUGAAGUUGUAUUCCAGCACUCUUGUGAAAGACAUUUGUCCUCACAGAUGAGUUUGGAGCUCUGGAAAGUGUGAAGGCAGCCAGUGAGCUCUACUCGCCAUUGACUGGAGAAGUUGUUGAGGUCAACGCACUGCUGGCAGACAAACCUGGACUGGUCAAUAAAUCUUGCUACAAAGAUGGUAAGCACAAGAAUAGACUCAAGUCCAGUCUGUGUAAGUUGUUUAAGAUUGAGUGUAGUUUUCUGAUGAUUUUGACUACAUUUUAUUUUUUUUUAUUGUCACAGUUUGUGAAGUGAAACUAGUCUGUGUUUACCUCCUAAAAACUUUUAACUUUAACCAGCAUUGGUUUUUUGAGCCGAAUCAAAGAUUUGAGUCUUUGUAUCAAAUAGUUUCAAUAAUUACAGAAACAUUUUUAUUGCUAAUAAUUUCUCCCUUGUACUUGUAAAAAUCCUGACAUUUAGCACAAUUGUAAAUGUACAUCUGUAUGCUUCAAACUGUUUUGUCUUGAUCUUUACUUCCCAUAUUUUUAUGAACUUACAACACAACAUGUUGAACAGUAGAUGGCAGUAAUGCCACAUCAAAUAUGAGACAGUCACUGUAGAAGAGCUGAGAUGAAACCAUUAAUGUAAUACUGUCUGUUCUGCUUGAUAGAUCAAAUAACUACUGUUUUUAUUUACACCGUAUACUGGCAUUUUAUAUUAGCUGACAUGUUUUUCCCUCCCAAAUUUUUUACAAGUUUCCUUAAUUUUUCAAAGUAACAAUGUCAUUUAGGAGAUGCUUUUGUCCAUAGCAGUAUACAUUUGUCAUCAAGACUUAAAACUAGGCCUACAUUGUCAACACCCACAUUGGACAGUCUGCCGCCGAUGGUAGCUAGGUUAAAAUUGUAACUUGUGAUAAAUGUCAUGGAGCAUAAAAAACACCUUUUUUAAUAACUGAACAUGAUUUUCACCUUCUCAAUACAGGUUGGCUGAUGAAGAUGACCAUUUCUAACCCUGCUGAGCUUGACGCUCUUAUGGAUGAAGCAGCCUAUGAGAGAUACAUUCGCUCCAUUGAAGACUAACAUAAAACUCUCCUUUUAAGACCGCUCCUUUUCUAUCACAACUGGCAGGGAAAUCCACAAGUAGUGCCUGUGUCAGUUACAGAGCUAUGCUAAGCAUUCACCAGUGGAGUUAAGCAGUUACAGGUGGCCGGCAAACCAGUUUUAUAUAGCAAUAAAUGCUAGAUAUCCUUUAUUCAUUGUUAAAAAUUGACUUUAGAGGACUGUCCAUCUGCACUGAUGAAACAUCCAAGUGGUUGCAACCUCAAAACCCUUAGAAAAAAGAUUGAACCUCAGUAAGGAAAAAUCCUGAGCAUUUCAAUCAGAAGAAAGUCCUUCUGACUUCCUCUGAUGAAUUAAGGAUCAGAAGAAAAUGUGAAUUCCUUUUGUGGGACAUUAUUAGACUGAAAAAGCACUUUUAUGUUACGGUAUUAACAGUAAUGUUGGUCUGCGCUGCAUGAGUGACAGUUACACUGUAGAUACGGGACAUGUAAAUAAACAUUUCCUGAAGCAUUU